AUGGCCAAGAGCGCGAGAGCCAGCGUUAUCAAGAAGAACAACCAGAGACUCAAGGCAAAUGUCUUUGGUCCCGUUGAGCAGGCCAGAGCCGAGCGUCUCUCGGCGAAGCUGCUAGAAUUGGCAAAGGCUCCCAAGCCUGAGAGAGAGGCAGACACCAAGAUGGACGUUAAGGAGCAGGACGACGAUGCGGAAAUAAACGGUGAUGAGAAGAAGGAGGCCAAGGCGGAUGAUACCUCCAUGGACGUUGACUCGGCGAAACCCAAGCGUCGUUCCGGAAGAAUUCAGAAGCAAAGGAAGAAGACUUCCAAGGUCGUCUUCCCCAAGUACAGCGACCGUCGCGGAGGUUCCAAGGGCGGCGUUUCCAAGAGAAAGUAA